AUUUAAAAAAAAAGAAAGAAAAGGAAGCCAAAAAAGUUGGUUCUUUGCUUGCUUCUGAGUGAGUGAGAAGUGGCAAGGCUGUAGAGUGUGUUGUGGUGUGUACUUUACCGAUGGAGACUUGUGCCGAAACCACGUCGUAUGGAGAACAACGCGGUGCCGGAGGUAAGCUCAAGAGGCCGACUCGCAAGCCACCGUCAACUCCGUACUCCCGUCCUCCGGCGCCGCCGAGCGAAGCCGAUAGGGGUCAGCGCCGAUGGUUGUCCAAGCUUGUUGAUCCCGCUUGCCGCCUCAUCACUGGCGGCGCCUCCCUCUUCUUUCCGACUUUUUUCUCAAAAUCACCCACCAUUCCUGCCACUUCGGAACAUCACGAGAAUCAGGAGGCUGAGAUUGUGGUGCAAGAGGAGGCCAAUGGUGACAAUCAAAAUGACAUCGUAAAUCAUGAGCUGUCCAGAACAACUGGAGUAGUAGGUCCUGAAAGAGCAGCAGAUGUUUCAGAGAACAUUUCUGAUUUGGUUCUACACAACCAAGAUAAAGGAGAUGACCUGCCCUAUGAGAGUGGGCUUUCUGAAAUUGAAAAGUUAUUAAAGGGGAAAAAGUUUUCAAGGGAUGAAGUAAAUCAUCUAAUGCUAAUAAUAAAUUCAAGGGCCGCUGAAGUUCCAAAUGUGGAUAAAGAAAAGGAGUUCCAAAGUACUGCGUCCGGGGUGGCUGCAGUAUCUCAUGAAAUUGUCAGUACACCAUCUGAUAGAAAUCAGAGAGAUUUUCAUGGUUCUUUAUGGAAAACUUCAACACCCCUUCCCAAAUCGGCGAUGCCAGAUGAUGUUUGUGCUUCACCAAUAGAUAUUGCGAAAGCAUACAUGGGAAGCCGAACAUUAGAAACAGGCAAUUCUGCUAAGGGAAUGAUUUUAAAAGAUGAAAGGAGUUCAUUAUAUGGUGCUGACUUUGUGUCAAAGCCAUUUAUUUCAUCACCUUCUCCUAAGCCAUCUGCAUGCUGGCCAGGUGCCAUGCUACAGGAUGAGCGUGAUCAUCUAACCCCCCAAAGUCAAAGUGGAAGAUAUGGGCUUCACAAUUUUCCACGAACCCCGUACUCGAGAACAAUCUUUUCAAAGUCUAAGUCUAAGUUAACGCACUCACAAGGUGAUAAUGAUAAAUGGAUGAGACCAUCUACUUCUCUGCAAACAUCCCAAACACCUGUAUAUGGGCAGGUGAACUCAAGGAGUAAUGCAUUGGAGGAUAACCAUGGAUCAAUAGGACCAGUUCGUAGGUCAAGAAAUAGAUUUAGUCCACAAACUCCCGGUACACAGCAUAGACUUGCUACACAAACUCCUGGUACUCAACACAGACUUUCUACACAAAGUCCUGGUACUCAAACACCUCUCAGAGGAUCUGGUUUUGAACCAUCUUUGAUUGGGCCAUCAAGGGUUGAAAAUUCCAGUACUUCUCAAGGGUUCUUGCCAGCUUUUAAAAGAAGUGUUGAACCAAGAGAAACAAUUAGCGGCUCCCAAUUUCGUUCAGCUGACAGGAAGAAUCACAGUUCUGAUGUAGGUGUCCCAACUGUUCAUCCACAUUCUAGUCAGAUCGCUAGGACAAUCUUGGAUCAUAUAGACAGAAACCCGCCCACUCCCAAGGACAAGUCACAAGAGUUGAGGCUAGCUUUUGAAUGGAAGAAACCUGCUUCUUCCAGUGUCCCUUCAAUUAAUUCAAAUGAACACACGUCCAAGAAUAGCUUACUGAAUGUAACAGGGUUGGAAUCUCAUAAGAUACUGAAUGACCAGAAUAAACCUGCUCAAGAUACUUCUGAUAAGAGCAAUUCACUUUUUAUGUUUCCGCGUCAGGAAAGUACUGUAACAUUGGUUGAUACUAUAUCCAAUCCUCGGUCAAAUGUUUUCCUUAGCCAUGGGGUUGAUGGAGUGUCUCAAAUAAAAAAUUCACACGAGGAGGUCACCAAGAUUACCCCCUCUCAGGUGGUAAACUUACAAAAGAAGCCUGCAGCUUCAGGGACUAAGCCUCUUUUGGCUAAUAUCUCCAUUGACAAGCCUAACUCGAACUGGAAAUUUUCAUCCAAUCAAAGCUCUGGGUUUACUUUUCCUGUUUCUACAGUCUCUGGAGUGAGCUCCGAGCCACCAACGCCAUCAAUCAUGCCAUCGUUCUCAGCAAAUAGUCAGCAUCAGCCCAAACAUGAACCUGUCGUUCCUUCAUACACCUUUGGCUCAUCAACAACCACGAUGCCAUCCCUUGUAUUUUCUUUCCCUUCCACAAGCAGUUCUGCAAUCCAAAAUGACACUUCAGACAUUAAGUUCAGCUUUGGCUCGGAUAAGCCCAGGUUAUCUUUCGGUUCAAUGAAGAAAGAUGCCAUCUGCUAUUAAUUAAUACACCUUUUUUUUCUUCAUUUUUAAGGUGAAUAUUUUCUUUUAGAAUCCAUAGAAAGUUUCAAUUGGAACCCUCUGGUUAACCAAACUAGUAAGCUCUUUUUGUUUUUCGUUGAAAAUAUUGAAUAAUUAAAUAUUGGAGAGUUUUGCAGUUA